AAUCUAAGGAUCCAAAAACACCGAAAUAAUAGACACAAACAUCAUAAUUAAUCGUUCAGCGUCAUGUUUAACUUGAAAUAUGUCGAGAAAUAAUAACUUGGUCGCCUUGAAUGAAGAGUGUAAAAAUUACGUAGAAAGUACCUAUCGGCCAAUCGAAAAAUUUUGAUUAAAUUGCUAGUUACUUGCCUCUGGUGUUAGCCAGAAACGUUAGUUUAGCAAAAUUUACUGGGGUUUACAAAACCUAAAUUUUCUUCAGAAUAUGAAAAUCCAAUCAUCACAGUUUCCAACUUUGCGAUUUCAAAAAGGCCAGUAGUGAAAGUGAAUCAUAAUAUUCGUUAUAUUCGUGAAAAUGGCUCCUGCAAUAAAGUGUUUUGAGCAUCCCAUGAAGCUGCGAGAAAACCGGUGCCAACGUGUGCUAACAACCACAAAAGUUUCCGAAGAUGAUUCUUUGGGCUACGAGCUCUUCGUCAGUAAAAUUCCAUCAGAUGCAGAUGAGGACGAGCUGAUUCCCUUCUUCGAGGAAAUAGGACCUCUGCAUACCUUCCGACUUAUGAUGAAGUACAACCAAAGCGGUAACAGGGGCCACGCUUAUGUUACCUACAUUUGCGAACAAGACGCAAAAACAGCAGUCUUUCAGCUUAACGGCAAAGAAAUACGUGAAGGCCAACACAUAUCAGUGAAUCGCUCCUUCAAUAACUGCAGGAUCUUCAUCGGAGGAAUUCCCGUCUGUAAGACCAAAGAUGAGGUCUGGCACGAAUUGCAGAGACAAGGAGUACCUAACAUAACCGAUGUCAUCAUGUACAGGUCCUACAGUAACAGGAAUUUGAACAGAGGCUUCGUCUUUGUCGAGUUCCCUUGUCAUAAGUUUGCCGCGAAAAUGAGGCUCAAACUUAGAGGUUUGAAGUUGUGGAAUUACGAAGUGGUUGUAGAUUGGUCUGUACCGCAACCUGUUGUUAGCGAGGAAGAAAUGGCUAGAGUUAAAAAGGUCUACCUCAGAAAUCUGGAUGUGACGCAAACCAGGGAGGCGUUGAAGGCUACAAUCGAGUCUUAUCUUGAUCCGGGGGCUAUAGAAAAAGUCUACAAAUUCAAAGAUUAUGCAUUCAUACAUCUAUCAACAAGAGAGUUGGCUUUGAAACUUGUGGAGUUUCUAAAAGAACAUUACAAAGAUACUUUCGUUGAGGUAUCUCUGGCCAAACCUCGAAGUCAAUACACCAAACCGGGGUAUCGGAAAUUUCAAAUGAUGAAAAACAAUCCCUACCUACCUAAAUCCUAUACAGAAUCAGUAUAUUCUGCUCCUAAUAGUAUCCUUGAUUCUCCUCCUAGCAGAAAUCUUAGUUCUCCAUCCAAUCUAAAUUCCCCACAAAGACCUUCAAAUCUUGCUUCUACUCAAAACUGGAUACAUUCUCUCCCCUUGUCUCCUACAUGUUCCCCCACGUCGUCAGACCCUUGCGAUAUCUACCAAUGGGAUGAAUAUGAACAGUAUUUUAAUGAAGAGCUGACCAACCCAAUGAUCCAUUUCAAUUAUCUACCAAAAUAUCACUUGCAGAAUCGAUUCAGGGAUAUCCUUCAGUACAAUGAGCAGAGGGAGAUCGAUAACUUGGCCACGUCUUUUAAUUCAACUGAUACCUAUGCUUCUGAUAGUGGAUCUAAUGAACUUGUUUCUGCAAUUCAAAAUAUUCUUGUUGAAGAGGACCGCAGGCUAAGUUAUUCUCACAUAAUGAACAACUUGAAUGUUUGCUGUCCAGGAGACUAUUUCUGGAAGUUUCAAGAUAAACUAGAAAGGCAACAUGAUUAUUGAAUAGUGUAUAAUGGUUAGAAAAGAAUUUUUCCUCAAAUACCUGAUGAAUUUUGAAUUUCGCAUAUCUUCCGAUAUCUCAUAUACUCGCUAGUAAUUAAUUUUUGCUACAUUUAUUUGUUUAAUUUUUAAACUCAUCAACAGUACUAUAUUUUCUAUAAUCAGAAAUAUUACUGAAUUAGAGUUUUUUCCUCAUAAUAUUUAAUAUAUUUGUACACCUUUUUUAUUAUAAGGUUUUUUGCUGAGCAGUUCACAUACGGACCAGUAAAAUUUUUGGUAAAAAUUUAUUUGAAUUUUGGAGAUAGCUUAAGUCUUCUAGUUUUUCUAAAAAUGUCCUAUUUCAAUAAGUAACAAAUUAGUAUUAAUAUUCUAUAUAUUCUCAAAACUUAUGAACAUUCCUUAAUGUGAUCCUAUAAAAGGAUCUUAUAUUAUAGAAUCUCAAAUUUAUUUAAGGUUUAUAUAUUUGAGUACAUUAUAUUUUAUUUAUUGUGUUAUUACUUUGAAGGUUUAUAUUAGAAAUUUUUUUUUUGUUUUUUUUUAUAUUUACAUAGAUGUUAUUUCAUUUUUAUUUAUUACGUAUUUCAGUAUACUGAAACAUAUUUGUAUUUAUACAAUACACCCUAGUUACCUCUGAA